AUGAACGAAAUAAGUUUCAGAAAAAUAAUGCGCAAAUACAGAAAGUCUCUUAAACAACGGAAACAAAUAUUGGACGAACUAUCGACUGUCUUGGUUGACGAAAAGUUUAGGGUGAUUACUGAAGAUGUACAAAACUCUGUUACUAAACUUAUGGAUAACACUGAACGUUGCAAAUUGAAGGAAAAACAUUCUUUUGGCGAAAGUGCUGUUUUGUUUAACACACUUAGAACCAAUUCUGUUCAAUCAUUAAGUACCGUGGAAUUGAUUAGCAUAUCGAAAAAUGAUUUCACGGACAUUGUCAAAGAUAAUUUGCAACUUAAGUGGAAUGAAAAUGCAAUAGCAAUUAAAAAUUCUUCAUAUUUUAAACGGGACGGGUACAGAUUUCCCGAUUUUGAUAACAAUUGA